GUGUAUGUGAGUGAGUGUGUCUGCCUAUCACUGUGUGUGUUUGCACUGCUUGUGACGCAUUCUUGUUUUGCAGCAAAUCAAAAACAAACUUAAACGGCGCAUAAAGAAAAUACGCGCUGAUACAGAAAUACUCGAUGACACAAGAAGAAAUUUUGGUAAAAGUAGUGAUAAUACACAUCAAAUGAGAAGCAAGUGCAAAUAAAUUACAAACAAGAUCAAAUAACAAAAUCAAAGGCGCCAAAAAGCAGCAACAACAAGAACAAGAACCACAUUAACAAUCAUACGAGAACUAGAAAAAGGGAAAAUAGCUAAGGCAACGGCAACGGCUUCAAAUUGGACAUGUCAUGUCAGCAAGCGUCAAGAUUCAUUACAACAGCGACAACAACAGUAGCAACAGCAAAAAGCACAGCAACAACAACGAAACGAAUUGUGACAACAACAACAACAGCAGCAGCAGCAACAACAGCUAAAAUUACAAAAACGACGCCAGCAGUGGCAGUUGUGGAUAUUGUGGAUGUGGAGAAUAUUGGUGUUGCUGCCGCCAAAACGAAUACGUUCGAGGAUCCCUAUGUAUUCACAGAGACUGUUACAGCGACACCGCCAAUUUUAUUUAAUGCACAGAAAUCGCGAGCCCGCUUAACCGAAGCGCAGCACAGCAGAAAUAGCAACUGCAACAGCAACAACAAUAACAAUAACAGCAAGCAGCGAGUUGCCAACAAAAAGUCGAGCAUUGUUGCUGCAACAACAGUAGUAGCAGCAACACACAUUGCGCAGUUUAAUGGCAGUGCAACAACCACAACUACAGCAACAGCUGCAGUGAGAGCAGCAGCAGCAACAACAAAGGCGCAGGCGUCUUUAGGUGCAGCAGCAGCAGCUACAACAACAACAACGAAUUUUAAUAAUGUCACACAAUCUCAAAGGCAGCCAGCGUCGACACAGCAAUCGCCGCUGCAGUUGCAGUCGCAGGCUUCGCCAAAGCGCGCCACCAACGUCUGCGUGGUGCGUCCGCAACAACAGCAACAGUUGCAGCAACAACAACAGCAGCAGCAACAACUGCUGCUCAAGCAACAGCAGGCGGCGAAAUUGAUAACAAAACAUGCUGCACCACAGCCACAGGCACAGCAGUCAGCACCACCGCCACCGCUUUACACGCACACGCCAUCGCUAUGGCAAACGCCGCUCAUCUUGGACAGCACACAGAAGCAGCAACAGCAGCAGCCACAACAGCAGCAGCAGCAGUCACAACUGCAACAGCCAACGAGCAUUGUUGUUGCCACAGCGCUGGUCAGUCCGCCCAUAUCGCCCGCCUCGUUACCCUCGCCGACGGUUAGCAAUGCAAGCACGCCGACAGCAGCUGUGACCGCGAUGGUGUCGCCCAUUGUGUUGCCACAUCCUGCUGGGGCUGCUGCGGCAGCAUCCGCUGCAGCAAUGUCGCCGCCAAAGGGUGGCUCGCUGCCGCCGUCAAAGUUUCAUCAUACGACACUGGCGCAACACUUUGCCAAGGUCGAAUGCCUCAAGAAGAAGAAGUCCUUGCCACUGGCGUGCCAGAAUUCCAACAAUAAUCACAAUAACAACAACAUUACAAUUGUUGAGAUGCUGCACAAGACGCGUACCGCAUUCAAUUUAACGCAUCCGCCACCGCUAACGGUGUUCAACACAACAACAGCAGCUGCAUCUGCCGUGGCAGCAGCGACAACUGCAAUGAAAACACAUUCCGCCGAUGCUGCUGUCGAUGACAACAGCGAUCUCAACGAGAUACCCGUCAAUGUCAUCUUUCGCAAGCCGCCCGAAUUGCUGGCGGGUCAAACGCCGCCUCGUUGUUCCGUCGACGCCAAGUUGGCGCUGAUGAAACAACUGGGCGCUGUGGCGCCACUAACACCGCCAACGCCGUCGCCGCUGUCAGCGGCUGCUGCAACAAGUACAACAACCAACGCACCCGCCCUCAUAACACAAUUAGCUGCAGCAGCACCACCCACAGCAGCUCCCGCAGCAGCAGUAGCCAUUCAAAAUCAAACGUCUUCCAAAGUUGCCAAUUCUGUUGCUGCUGCGAAGCGUAAAACCCAAGCAGCCGUCAAUUGUAGAAAGGCCAACAAACAAAUUGCAAAAAAUGCCGCACAAGAGCAGCCGCCAACGUCGCAAACCAACAGCCAGGUGACAGCAGCUUCACCUCCUGUUUCUACUCCGGCUACCGUUCCUGCUCCGGUUCCUGCUCCUCAACUGGAGCCAACGCGCCGUCGUCGAGUUGCUGCAGUCGCAUCCAAGCGCAACGCCGUGCUCUUCAGCGAGCAUGAGCCCCUCGAACAGAAUAAGCCCUACUGUCUGCAGACACGCUGGCUCCCUGCCGACUGCAGCAAGCAUCACCGCGAGGAGCGCAUUGCGAUGCGAAAGAGUCUGUUGCGCCAUCAGGCGCUGCAAUUGCUCUCCGUGCGCACGUUACAGGAGCUGCCGAUGCGAGCGGCACGUCAACGACUCCAAUCCGUUCAGAGUCUAUUGCUCAAGUACCGGGAUACGGCGUCCCAGCAGCAGGGCAUUGGGAUUGGCAAUCGGUGUCUGGUGACCGCUUGCAAGCAGCCCACGCUCAGCAUGGCCGCACAUUGUGAGCGGCACAUUGUGCACAAUACGACACAGCAGCUGUUCCAGCCGUGUGUGGCUUGGCGAGUCGAUGGCUCCGCCUGUCAGACGCCCGUCUUUGAUGUGCUGCAUACGCUGGCUUUGUGUCCCGCUCACAGUCAGCUGCGGCCGGGCCUAGUGUUGCAGUCCAAACAGAAACAGCAGCAACACCAGCAUGAAAAGGUCAGCAACCAGCAACUGUCCAUACCUGUUGCAGCUGGAGCAGCAGCAGUUGUUAAUGCGGCGAUGGCCAGCGGCAAGCGCAAACGCAAAACGAAUCCAAAUGCCAAUCCAGUGGGUCGUCCGCAGAAGCGUGUCAAGAAACCGGAAACAAUUGCACCCACAACAACAACAAUAACAUCAAUAGCAACAACAACUUUGCCCAUGCGGAAGAGCAGCACCACCUCUCUGGAAUCGAUAGCCAGCAAUUCGCAAUCAUCGGCCAAGUCGCACUCAGCCUUGCCGCCCUACACACCGACAAUGGCGGCGUCCGUCUCUGUGGCAAUGCCGCAGCUUUCGAUAAUACCGCCAGCGCUGGCGCCGCUCAGCGAUUAUCAACAGCAGCUGCUGUUGCCCAAGUUGGAGCCGGAUGAGCAGCACCUGGACGCCAGUGUUAAUUUGCUGGCCAAUGCCAGUUUCAAGGCCGAUGAGAUUAGUCAGAUUGUGGCACAGCUGACGGCAGCCAGCAGCGAAUUACAUCACAACAACAACAAUAACAGCUUGCACUACAACAACAACAAUAACAACUGCAGCAACAACAACAGCAACAGCGGCAGCAGCAGCAUCAGCUGUGGGUUCCCCUCAUUCAAUGCAGCCUUUGGCAACGCGAUGUCCUCCGCUCAACAAGGAGGGGGUCAGCAUUCGCUCCACAAUACAACGCUGGAGAGCACAGAGAGUCUGCUGAGUCAGCACAUGUUUGGCAUAUGCGAGAACAGCUCGGCCUAUGCCAGCUCCGAGGAUACGGGCCUGGGCGGUCUGAGUGAGUCGGAGCUGAUAGGCGCGAAUGAUGCGGAUGAUAUCGCAUUGAAUGGCGCCCAUUUGCUGGAGGAGCACGAUUUGGUAAAUGUAUUUGAUACGCUGCCGGAAGAUGCGUUCAACGAGUUGUUUCAAUCCGUGCAACAAGCCGAGUGCGAGGCCAUGGAUCGUGCGCUCGAGAUUGCCGAUAAGAACCUCAAGUGUCUGCAGCAGACAAUUGGCGGCACCGACCACGACAGCGCCUUCCUUAACGAUCUCCUCGACGUGGGCGAUGAUCUGCUCGUGAACGCUGUCUCGUCCAUCGAUGCUGCCACGCUCUUUGUCGACAGCAGCAGCGGCGGCGGCAACAGCAGUAGCAACAGCAGCGGGCCUGUCGUCGGCUCCAGUCCGGCUGCCACUGUCGCAGAUAUACGCGGCCUGGUCCAGACCUAAAUCGUAGACUCCUCCCCAUAAAACGCAACUCGUCGCUUUAAAAAAAAUAUGGAAAGAAACCGAAACAGAAACAAUAGCAACAAAAUCUAAUCUUCACUUCUCAACUAGUUAGUUGAACAAUCAUUUGAAUGUUUUCGAUUUUUGUACUUUCGUGUAUUUGGUGGUCAUCAGAUAAGCUUCCACAGAUCCGCUGACCACAUUUUCUUGUCUAGAAUACACUUCGAAAAACUACAACUCACUUACGGCGUGUAUGUAUUUUAUACGUAUACAAAUUACUGUGGAAUCGUAUAUAAAUACUACGUGUUAAUUAAUGCAAAACAGAAAGUUUCCGUAAAAAUUCCAAAAAAUAAAACCAUAACAAUAAAAAAAAAAAAUGAAAAAAAAACAACAAAAAAAUUUUAAAAAAGAUAUAAAUACAAGAAAAUAUAUUGUAAAUUCGCGUGGAACCUUAGUGUUAAAGUCUUAACUUAAUUUAUCAGUUAGUGCAACAGAAAAGAGAUAAAACAACAAAUUGUGAAAGCAAUUUUGAAUGCAGGAUUAUACAAAUAUACAUUAAACACACAUACACACACACACACCGCAAAGGAAAAUGGAAAAAAAGAAAGAAAAUAGGAAAUCUUAGUAACAAAUUGGAAUUUGAAGAAGCGUGGAAGAAAUGCUAAAUAUACAAAAAGUUAAGUUCUAAGUAUAGGCGCAUUUACAUCAAUUCACUUUAUGCAUAUGAGAAAUGAGAAAACAUUAACAAAAGUAACAAUAACAACAACAACAGUUAAAAUAGCAGCAGUGUAUGUGGAUGGGUUUUGGACCAGAAGCUAAACGAGUCUUAAAAUCUUGCUUUAAGUUUCGUUUAGUUUAUGAUUUAAACAGAAUCACAUACACACACACACACACACACAUAAACGUACAAGGGACUACAUAGUUUGAAACCGCGAAUCGUAUUACUAAAUAUACAUACAUCUAUAUCUAUAUAUAUAUAU